UUCUUCCUUUCUCCUUUCUGCGAGAAGUUUGCAAAGGAGACGGGAGGGGGGGAGCCCGCUCGCUUGACUCGAUCUCGAAGUUAGAGAGGGAUGUGAGAAGCAGGAGAAGCCCACUCGCUCCUUCCUGAGCCACCCUGGCAGGAACUGACGGGCUAAGCCAUCCAGCAGAGAUGCUCUCCCAUCAGGACCAAGGCUGGAUCCCCAAAAGCGCUUGGGGAUUCUUAUGCGUUUGGGAUUGAAGGGGUCAAGAACUGUCCUCUUUUGAUUCCCCCCUCCUCCUCCUCCUGAGCUUUUGCCACACGGGAAGAAGGGCCCGGGAUCUAACCCAGGAUGAAGGGGAUCUUGUACAUUUUCACGCUGAUCCUGACAGAAGGGAUGAGCGAUGUGGUCAGCUCGGCCCGGGACUGCCUGCAGGCUGGCGAAUCCUGCACCAAUGACCCCAGCUGCAGCUCCAAAUUCCGGACCCUCCGGCAAUGCAUCGCCGGCAACGGCGCCAACAAGCUGGGUCCGGAUGCUAAGAGCCAGUGUCAGAACACGGUGACGGCCCUCCUGUCCAGCCAGCUGUACGGCUGCAAGUGCAAGCGGGGCAUGAAGAAGGAAAAGCACUGCCUCAGCGUCUACUGGAGCAUCCACCACACCUUGCUGGAAGGCAUGAACGUCAUGGAGAGUUCCCCUUACGAACCCUUUGUGAGGGGCUUUGACUACGUCCGGUUGGCUUCCAUCACUGCAGGCUCCGAGAACGAGGUGACCCAGGUGAACCGCUGCUUGGAUGCCGCCAAGGCCUGCAAUGUGGACGAGGUUUGCCAGCGCCUUCGGACCGAGUACGUCUCCUCCUGCAUCCGCCGCGCGGCCCGGGCGGACACCUGCAACCGCUCCAAGUGCCACAAGGCCUUGCGGAAGUUCUUUGACCGCGUGCCCCCGGAGUACACGCACGAGCUGCUCUUCUGCCCCUGCGACGACACGGCCUGCGCGGAGAGGCGCAGGCAGACCAUCGUGCCCACCUGCUCCUACGAGGCCAAGGAGAGACCCAACUGCUUGGCGCCGCUCGACUCCUGCCGGGUGAACUACGUCUGCAGAUCCCGUUACGCCGAGUUCCAGUUCAACUGCCAACCCUCUGCGCAGUCUGCAACAGGGUGCCAGAGGGAAAAUUACGCUGCCUGUCUGCUGGCCUAUACUGGGAUCAUAGGUAGUCCCAUCACCCCAAACUACAUCGACAACUCGACGUCAAACAUUGCACCCUGGUGCACGUGCAACGCCAGCGGGAACAGGCAGGAGGAAUGUGAGAGCUUCCUAUACCUCUUCACCAAGAAUCUCUGCCUCCAGAAUGCCAUCCAGGCCUUUGGCAACGGGACGUACCUGAGCACCGCCAUGGGCUCCUCCACCCCUCCCACGACGCAGAUGCGCAAGCAGGAGAGGAACGCCAACAAGGCAGCAGCCACGCUCAGAGAGAACAUCUUCGAACAGCUACAGCCCACCAAGGUAUCUGCAGAGGAGAAGCUUCUACAAGAUGCCACCCACCUAGCUUCUGACGGCUCCAGCUCAGCGCUGUCACUGGCCAUUAACGGCUGGUUGGUGAUGUGGUGUUCCACUUCUACCAGUACAUUCCUCCUGGCGUCCAUGUGAAUUGGAGCGCGCCCACACUCAAGGGCCGUGACUGGACCGCUCUCCGUUUGUCUGUUUUCGAAUCGGGGAGCUGGGGCGAAAGGCCUCACCAGCUCCUGGCUCCCUCCCUCUUCAAGGUUAUCAGGAGGAAAGGGAAGACACUCAUCUCAUCAGCUUCUUUGUUGACACCUUCCUGGUGAGCCACAAUGUGUUCAUCUGUGGAAGGACCCAGAAAUCAGUCCCUGCAAGGAACCGUGUGAUCCAUCAUGGGCCCUUCCUAA